GAAUUCAAUGUCUGGCCUCAGUUUGAUUAGCAUCUCAGCUGAGAUUACUUUAAAAAAAAAUAUCUGAGGAACACAGAAGUACUGAAUAAACUGAUAACAUUACAUCCAAGAACGUCACACAGAAGGUCACUACAAGUGAAAAUAACAUUAUUUUUCCAUAGAACUCUUUCGUUUCACAAUGUCUUUUGUUUUUGGCUCUACGAUCCAGGACGAAAAUGUUGAGAACCAAGGGAGACGUGGAAAAAGAGUUGAACAAGGAGUUACUACAAGGAACAACGCACCCAAGAGGGCAGCCCUCGGAGUCAUCACAAAUCAAGUUCGAGUGCAACCACGAAGGGCAGCUAAACCAUCUAAGGUUGGUGGGAAUGAUGAAAAUGCAUAUCCAAAACAAGCCAAGGUAUUUGGACAGGAGAACCAACCAUUUACCAUCUUUGUUGAUGAUAAUGUUGCAGCAAGUAAACCUUUGUCUAAACCAUCCAACAAUGGUGGCAAGUUGAAGCUGUCUCAAUCUAUUACUGCACUGCCAGUCCGACAUCAACCAAUUUCUGCCGUCAAUGAUAUCAUCUGUGUUGACGAUUCUAUAGAAGAAUCUCCAAUGGUGUUGGAUACCACACACGAGGAAAUGGAAGACAAAAAGCCUUUAGACAGAGAAUCAAUUAUUACCAUGGUACCUGAAUAUGUAGAAGAAAUUUAUGCACAUUUGAGAGAAGCUGAGGCAAAAAAUAGACCAAAACAUAAUUACAUGAAAAAACAAUCGGAUAUAACAGCAUCAAUGAGGAGCAUUCUGGUAGAUUGGUUAGUUGAAGUAUCUGAGGAAUACAAACUGCACAGAGAAACAUUAUUCUUAGCUGUGAACUACAUUGAUAGAUUUCUAUCCUACAUGUCUGUACAGAGAGGAAAACUUCAGCUUGUUGGAGCUGCCAGCAUGUUUCUUGCAUCAAAAUACGAGGAAAUCUAUCCACCAGAUGUUGGAGAAUUUGCCUAUAUCACAGAUGACACCUACACAAAGCAACAGGUAUUGAGAAUGGAACACCUUGUUCUGAAGGUUCUGACAUUUGAUGUAGCUGUGCCAACAACAAAUUGGUUCUGUGAUCACUUCCUGACAGACUCUGAUGCCGACAGUAAAGUCAAAGCCUUGUCUAUGUUCUUAGCAGAAAAUACAUUGAUAGAAGCUGAUACUUUCUUGAAAUACCUUCCUAGUCAAAUAGCAGCUGCCUGUAUAUGUUUAGCAAGAUUUUCUCUUGAACAAGAACCCUGGCCUCAAUCCCUGAUCAAAUCCAGUGGUUAUGAAGUAGGACAUUUUGUUGACUGUUUGAAAGACCUUCAUAAACUCUACCUAAAUGCUGACAAGAGUCCACAGCAGUCAGUAGUUGAAAAAUACAGAAGUACAAAAUAUGAAGAAAUCUCAAAUUUCCAGAAGUUCCCACCUCCAGCCAGUCUGCCUCUGAUUGUGUAGAGAUUACUGUCCUAUAUUUACCACAGUUCUUUCAUCAGCACCAGGUUAUGAUCAGCUUCGUGGCCGUGGCUAUGUGUGGGAAAUUAUUUAUUGACAAUUCUUGUUCCUUUCCCAUACCUUUCAGGUGCAAUAAGGAAGGCAGCUCCUAUUUCAUGUGUGUGAUGUGUAUGUUUCUGAUGAAUGUGUGUGUAUGUUGAUGUGGUUGUGAAUUUGUGUAAAAGAUAAUAUAAAGGUACGACUCCUCAUUGCUAAUCAUGAUUUUAAAAAUGCAUGUUCUCUCAUAAGUCAUGUAUGAAUGAAUUUUAAAAUUACCAAAGCCAUUUAAAUGCAAAUUUUUUUUUAUAUUUUUACCUCUUUUUUUAUUUUUUUUAAAAGUGGCAUGAAUUUGUUUUUAGUUGACUUUUAUUUUUAAAAGUUUAUUCGAUUGCAUAACUAUUGUCUCACAGAAUCUCCUUCAAAAGAUUUUUACUGUCUGUUUAUUACAUUGUUUUUACAUGUCAAUUUUGUGUUUUUUUUUAUCCACGAAGUUAAAAUCCUAUUUGUAACUUUAUGAAAUACGCAAGUUAUACAUUCUUAGUGCUCCGAUUUGUUUUUCGACAUCUUUUUUCUCGAAAUAAUUUUGAUGGAGGUUUUUAAGGACAUUGUUUGCCAUAAUCAUUGCAUAAAUUUUAUUAAGUUGAUGCUUAUUUUUAUUACUAGUUGUAUAUUAUCAUGUAAACUGUAAAUAUUCAUGUACAAGAACAAAUAUAUUUUAAAUUAAAAUCAGUUGUCUUUGUUUUAUUUGUAAAUAGAUAUGGUUAUGGGUUUUUAUUAAUAAGUUGGUCUUUGAAGUUAAAAAAUCAUUGGAGCACUUGUUUUGGCAUAAAUCGAUUCAUUGACCAUUUUAUUGUUUUGAAAAAUAAAAGCAUUUUAAAUAA